AUGUCUUCGUCCGCAUCCUCAUCAAAACCCGUAGACAAAGUACCAGAGAAACCCAAGGAAGAGGACAGUCAACCGCACCUGGGGGUCCUCGAAGAAGAUGACGAGUUCGAAGAGUUUCAAGUUGCAGGUGACCAUCCAGUCUCAUCAUCCAUGUCAUUGAUGCAUGUUGAUCGUGGUUGUCUGCUAGACUGGGAGGAUCGCAGUACGGAUAUAGCGCACUUGAAGGGCGCAGCGCCUGGCGUCGCAAAGUCAGCGGGGGAUAAACUUUGGGAGGAUAAUUGGGACGAUGACGACAUCGAGGAUGAGUUCAGCGUGCAGCUACGGAAUGAACUUGCGAAGUCAGGGAAAGCAUCUGGAGAUCCGAUGCAGCAAUAA